UUACUUGUUUACUAAUAUAAUUUUUGUUGGUUUCUUUCUUCGUCGUCACGUUCAACAUUACUGUCCUUAUUCUGGCUUACAGCGUAGUCGCGGUUUUGGUUUCAUCACAUUCCAAGAGCCUUGCAGCGUCGACAAAGUCCUGCAGGUACCCAUACAUACACUUGAUGGCAAGAAGAUCGAUCCCAAGCAUGCAACACCGAAGAAUCGCCCACGUCAGGCUAAUAAGACAAAGAAGAUAUUCGUUGGUGGCGUCUCGCAAGAUACCUCUGCCGAUGAGGUGAAAGCCUAUUUCAAUCAAUUUGGCACCGUUGAAGAGACUGUCAUGCUGAUGGAUCAACAGACAAAGCGUCACCGUGGUUUUGGUUUCGUUACAUUCGAAAAUGAGGAUGUUGUGGAUCGUGUUUGUGAGAUACAUUUCCACACCAUCAAGAACAAGAAGGUCGAAUGCAAGAAAGCACAGCCAAAGGAGGCUGUUACACCAGCUGCUGCACAGUUGCUGCAGAAACGUAUAAUGCUGAGCACUCUGGGUGUGCCCAUACCGGCCACACCGGGUCAAUUGAUUGGCACACGCGCUGGCGUCACCACCAUGAGUUCACUAGCUAUGUUGCAAGCGCCGACACAACUGCAAUUGCAUGCCGCCAAUGGCGCUGCAGCCGCUGCUGCACAGCAAGCUGCGCUCAUCUCGCAGUCACCCUUCCAAGUACAAAAUGCCGCCGCCGCCGCCGCCGCGGUUGCCGCCAAUCCAGCUAGCUUUGGCAAAUUGCUUGCUACAUAUCCACAGGCCUUGCAUAGCGUCAGAUAUGCACCCUAUCCCAUACCCACAAGCGCCGCUGCCGCCAACGCCUUGGUGCAAGCCCAACAGCAACAUGCUGCGGCACAGCAGCAACAGCAUGUGAAUGCUGCUGCCGCCGCUCAACAGCAACACACUGCCCAUGCUGCCGCCGCUGCUGCAGCACAGCAACAUAACGCCGCCAAUACGCAAGGCGUUGCCGCCGCACAGAGCGCACACAAUGCGCUCGCCGUUACCGCGCAUGGUGGCCAAGCGGGCGCACAUGGCGCUCAAACGGCACAUCAUCCGCUGGCAGCAGCCGCCGCACAACAGGCGGCACUCGUCGCUGGUAAUGCACUGAAUGCAGGCAAUCCAUAUCAAAGCUAUACGCUAACCAAUGUAGACAUGUCCAGCUUUCAGGGUGUGGACUGGAGUCAAAUGUACGGCAUGGGCAUGUACGUCUAAGAGACAUUUUAGUAAAGGCAGUCGUCGUUUGUUCAAACAAUCGAAUGGGAAAUUUUUAAGCAAAUGGAGAGUGCAGAAUGAAAUACUCUUAACUUAAAAAUAUUUAUAUACUAUAUAUUAAUAAUAUGAAAUGAAUAUCAACAAUGCUCACAGAUGCAUAAACGGUAGACACCAAACAGACACAGAUUAACUGGAGGUGGGUGUGCGCGCGUUUGCGACGCGUGACAUUUCGACAUUACAACGAUUUGUGAUACAUUCAUAUACAAGUGUGUUUAGCGUGUGUGAGCGCGUGUGGGAGAAGAAUUUGUUAAUCUAUUGGGACGUUGACUACAACAAUAUUUUACGUUCUCAACAUUAUUUUGAAUUGCAUUAAAGAGAAAAAAUUUAAAGAAGAAAAAAAAAACACUAAAAAUGUGUAUAAAAUGCUUAUUAUUAUUCUUAAUGUUACUUUAGUAAUCAUAUACAAUUAAAAUGUUAUGCGCAUGCGCAUGUGCUUCUUCGCUAGGUUCUUAAUCUAAGAAAACGCUAAUUAAAAUGCUCGUUUGCAAUACAUAAAUACUUACUAAAGACGCUCAGAAAUGGAAAAGAAAAUUGCUUAAAGACAGUAAUUGAGAAUUAUAUAUAUACGUAUAUGUUUUUGCUGCUGUUAGGUAAAACACCAACUAAUAAAUUUCAAUAAGACAAAAUAAAAAAAGGAAAAAGAAAAAGUUUCGCAAAAAUUUAAGAGAGUUUUUGGGCAAAAAAUUUAAGUUAAUGCAUUGACAAAAGACAAACUCUACAAAGAGUAGAUAUUAAAAGCUAGAAAGAUGCAGUGCUAUGCGCAUGAAAAUUAAAAAAAUAGAAGUACAUACAAAUAUACAUUUAGUUAGCUAUAAGAGACUCAAAGCAAUGAAAAUAUGAAAUAAAAGCAACCUUUUAAAGCGCGCAUUUUUGGCGGCUGCAAACAACGCGUUCACAUACGCGCUAGCGGCGCAUGAACAGUACUUUGUCAAUUUCGAAACUGCAGCAAUAUGUGUAUAAGCAGAAAAAAACAAAAACAAAAAAGAAAAUAUAAAAAUUGUGUAUUUGCAAUUGUUAAACAAAUGCCCAUAUUAAGUAUUAUUAUAAUCUUUUGAAGGCGCAUGAAACGCGUUAUUAUCUACAAACUAUAUUUAAUUUUGCGCCAAAAGUUCAGGCGCCUAUACUCAGCAAAGAAAAUGAAUAUGUUGAAAAUACCAUACAUAAUUAAUUAAUUUUAAGCAUUAAGCAGAGCAUCGUUAUAAUGAUGUAGUGAAAAAAGGUAAAAAGAUUCUCUACAAAUGUGUUAACUUAUAACCGAUUCGCAAGCAAGAUAAAAAAAAAAACAACAGAAAUGCAACUAAAAAACUAAUACACACACAUAUAUUUAAAUAGAGUAUAACACACAGGAAAAUGAAAAAAUGCAUAUAACAAUAAUUAAAAAUAAUGAGAAUUAGAAUUUUUAAACCACCGACUUGAUUGCGUUUAAUUUAGAUAAAAAAAACAAACAUGACAACAACAUAAACGAAAUACAUACUACAUAAAACAUUAUGCAUACAUACAAACGAGUACUCACAUACACAUACAUAUGUAUAUGCAUACAAGCCAGGUACAUCAGCUGCAUAUAUAGCACAGAUAUGUAUUUACAUAAAUUCAUAUGUUAAGGGUGCUCUGCUCAAGUAAGAGUAGGGAUACAAGUAAAAAAUAUGUGAACACUCUCCACACAAAAUCAUAAAAGUAAUGAAAAUCGUAAAACAAGCGAGUUAUAUAGCUACAGCUACUAUGAAAAUCCCAAAAAGAUUACUGUGCGUUAGUAUAACUAAGUAAAGGGGAAAAUAAACCCAACUUCAAUGUACUUAAAAGCGUGCAAAAUGCAUUUGCCCCUGACACUUGCGUUAUGGAUUUUCAUUCGUUCAAAAUCAGUUCCUAAUUGGCUAUAAAUUUAAGCGACAACGCUUGAUGCUGCAUAAACAAAUUUCAAUUCUUGCUUGCUAAGCAAUGCAGUCUGUCUGUCUAGCGCUCUCGAAGCUUAAGAAUAAACUGCAAACCUAAUUGAUCUCAAAUCUAUCAGAAAUUGAAAACGAUUAUCUUCACAUUAAUCUUACAUGCAUGAAGAUAUUAAAAAAGAGACGUAAAUUCAAAAUAUGUUAUAUGUUUUAGUGAGGAGAAUGUAAAGUAAAUAUGUAUUUUUAGUAUCAAGUUGAGAAUUUGUUAUUUCCAAAUUGGAUAACUUGAAUGCUGAUACAACGAAAAAACGCUUUUCCUUCUGCUCUGGAUCUGCAUUGGAGUGAAAAAAUAAUCAUAUAGUUCAAGCGCAAGUUUUCAUUACAAUGCUGAGCGCGUUGUCUCGGCGUCAAUUUGUUAACGUAAAACUGAUCGCGAGACCUACCCGGGAGGUCUUUUUGGCGAGUACCAUUUGUUCUCGCAAUUUUGGCUUACGUUAACUGUAAAAGCAAUAAGCAUGCUUUGAAGAUUUGGCGAAAGGGUGCUUGGUAAUACAAAUACACUGUGCUCUCUUUGGGAUUUUUUCUUCACUUUAAUCAACCUCACAACAAGCUUCG